AGAUCAGCUGUUCGCUCUUGUGUCACAUAUAGUAUAUCCCGUUGAUGUAACACUUCGACAAUUCUCUUUAUUUACCAUCCAUUAUCCGUUCCUGUGUUCUUAACAAAUGUGUGUACAGAGUACAUAAAUAUGUAUGUAUCCAACAUUUGUGAAUGUUCUGCUUAGAUACAUACACCUUUCUAUGCAGAGUAAAAGCUAAGAAAUAGUAUUUAGUAAGCCUCAUUCGCGCAAAUCAAUAAGACUGAAAAGGACAAAAGCAAUAUUUUCAGCUUUAAGGAAAGGAUCUCAAAUUGUCCAUAAAAACUUAAACAUUGCAAUUAAAGCAGAUAGUCUGUUAAAAUUGCUGUGACAGGAACUUGUUAUUCGAAUCGUUUGGCAUUAAGCUUUUGGUGUCUUAUUGAUAAGUACAUUGCUGUAUAAUGUUUAGCAGUAUUGCGGCAUUUAUCUUUGGAUCAAGUACCACAGAAGGCACGAAUUGUAAACCCAUUGAAGAUUCCCAAAUUUGUUAUCUUACUAACGACAAACAACGGAAAGAAAGCUUGGAAGCGGAUUCUAAUAAUAUUGAAACUAUCGGCGAAUAUCAACAAGGAAUACAUAAUAAUAAUAAGCGCAACGAUCGAAAGAAUAAAGGAAAGAAGCCUGUUCUAAAUAAAAUAAAGGCAGUUACUAUAGAACCAGCACCGAUUUUAGAUGUUGUAACCUCUGAAUUAUCUGAUGUCGAUUUUGACUUAGAUGAUGAUUGGCUUCUCGUUCAAAAGGGCGACGUUGAUAUCCCGAAUAGCUUUUUUCGAAAGGGCUCAAAAGAAAAUUUGAUUUUAGCUGAACAUAACAAUAGAACAUCAACACCAAUUUCAGAGAUUUUAAAUAUUACAACAGUGCAGAAGCAUAAUAUUUGUAACAACUCUUCUCAAACGCUGCAAAACAAUUAUGAAAAGCACAAACCUGACCUUACAUCAGGUUUUUCUCAAGCUAGUAGUGGACCUACUGCAGUACAGUUAUCACCAUUAAAUAAUUUAGGUUAUAUACCUAGCGAAUCCGUCGUCAAUGUCGCCAACAAAACAAGAUUGUUAACUGAUAAUAAUGACGCUCAACUGCUGCAAGUUGCUAACCAUAGCAAAGACUUAGAACCCAAUCUUAGCAGUGUCAGUAUUGACAGCAACGGUUCUGGUGCUAAACUAUUUACAAUGGUGGAUUCGUGGUAUAUGACACCUCCGCCAUGCUUUAUCUCAACUGGUCCUAUUUACAUGGAGAUGUCACCAUUUGAAAAUUUACUUAUAGAGCAUCCAAGUAUGUCAAUAUACCACAGUAUUAAAACUGCUCAAAAAACGUCUGAAAGCUUCGUAAAAUUCGAUGUCGAAGUAAGCGAAUCUAGCCAGAUUCAGGAGGAAAAAGAAAACUUCUAUACUCAAAAGUCACAUGAAAUUGUUUUUGUCAAGCCAUCAGCAGCUAUAUUAGAACAAAAAACUGAACCUAAUAUCAGAAAAAGUGCCAAAACUCCGCGUGUUGACCACUGUAAUGCCGCUAAUCUCAAAAUGGAGCUAUUUGCAUUGAAUAGCCAAAAGAGUCUAGCAAUUUACGAGCGUCGAAACCUUCGACGUAAUGCCAUUCUGCGUGCAAAUCAGGUGCGUGAGAUCCAAGGCAGGAACAAUCGUCAGCGUCGCACUGACAUGCAACACUCCCGAGUCAUAAGUGGAGCUAAUAACAAUCGCAAAUGUUGUUAAGUACAGAAAUGAAUAUCAGUUAAACUGCACAACAAAAACAUUAAACUGGUAUCAAUAGAAAAUAAAAGUCAAAAGGAAACAAUUAAUUCAAAACUACAAAACAAUUGAAACAAAAAUAAUAAUUAUUAGGAUAAUACAAUUAAUACAAAAAAAAUCUUGGAUAAAAAUAUAAACCAUUUAUUUAUCCUUUUAAGUAAACGAUUUUAUUAUUACUUUUGAAUAACAUAAAUAUAAAUUUUAUGGUCAAUCCUCAGAAAACAAUAUUUAAAUAUUAUGUAUAUAUGUAUAUGUUUACAGCGUCUACGCAUAGUACAGACAAUCUUAACUUUGUUAGUGUAAUGUUAUUGCAGUUAAGUUCUUGAAGAAUUAUUUGAAACACUUUCAUUAGGUGGCUAAAAUAAAGAACCAAUUUAUUUUGA